AUGGCACAAGGAUUAGAAGGAGAGGGUGUAGAAAGAAAAUGGAGAGAAAAGGGGGAGAAAGAGGAGGGGGAAAAGAUUAGAGAGAAAGCGGAGGGAAGAAAGGUAGGGGAUAAAGAGGUGGUGAAAGAGAGGGGAGGGAAAGAGGAUGAGAGAAAGAUGGGGAUAAAGAGGGGAAGAAAUAGGAGGGGGGAGGAGAGAAAGAUGGGGAUAAAGACGGGAAGAAAGAGAGGAGAGAAAGAGCGGGGAGAGGAGAGAAAGAUGGGGAUAAAGAUGGGAAGAAAGAGAGGAGAGAGAGGAGAGAAAGAUGGGGGAUAA